UUCUGUGAUGCCAGUUGCAGCACUGUGGAUUGAUAAGUAACAUGCAGAUUUAAUUGCACAACCUGGGGAGAAAGCAGUAGGAGUGCUACUUCUUUUCAGCUGCCUAAGUGGACAGAAGUACAGUGUCAUCUAUCUGCAAGGGAAGAUCCUUCAACAGAAUUUUACAGCUAAUAAUAGAGACAACAUAGCAUCAUCCACCUUCCUGGUUUACUGUGUAUCACCUUCCAAGACAGAUGGUCUGUCAGAAGCUGGAGGAUGCCCGCAGAGCACAUAAUAAUGAAGUAGUGAAUUGAUACUGCUGCUGCAGCCUAAUUGUCAGGAUCACAGCCGACAGAACUGUGCUGCCCUUUUUCUGCUCUCUUAAUCAGGCCAAGAGCAGCAGGGUGGUCAUGGCUGGCCUCUUUAAAAACCUGCUAGUACUGUUUUUUGUUUUUCAAAACACCUGUUUGGGUUUCAGAAGCCCACUUUCUGUCUUCAAGAGGUACAAAGACACUACCAGAUCUUUUUCCAGUGAAUGCCUUGGAAGUGACCAGCCAGUAAUUUCACUUGGUCUGUCAGAUUUUGCAUUGGACAUUCGCAUGCCUGGUGUGACACCUAAGCAGUCCGAUACCUACCUCUGCAUGUCAGUUCCCCUGCCAGUGGAUGAUGAAGCUUAUGUAGUUGACUUUAAGCCUCAUGCCAGCAUGGACACUGUCCAUCACAUGUUGCUCUUUGGAUGUAAUGAACCCAGUUCUACUGAAAAUUACUGGGACUGUGAUGAAGGAACAUGCAAAGACAAAUCUAAUAUUUUGUAUGCUUGGGCAAGAAAUGCUCCACCCACCAGGCUACCCGAAGGUGUUGGAUUCAGAGUUGGAGGAGAAACAGGUGGUAGAUUUUUUGUGCUCCAGGUGCACUAUGGAGAUAUUAGUGCAUUUAGAGACAAACACAAGGACUGCUCUGGUGUAACUUUACAUCUGACACAUCAGAAGCAGCCUUUGAUUGCCGGAAUGUAUCUUAUGAUGUCUGUGAACACUGUAAUACCGCCAGGCGAGAAAGCUGUUGAUGCAGACAUUGCCUGCCAUUACAAAAGGUUUCCAAUGCACCUUUUUGCCUACAGAGUUCAUACACACAGAUUAGGUAAAGUAGUGAGUGGAUACAGAGUGAGAAAUGGUCAAUGGACAUUGAUUGGUAGACAGAGUCCACAACUACCACAGGCAUUCUAUCCAGUAGAACGUCCUGUGGAAGUUAGCUAUGAUGAUACCCUAGCAGCUAGAUGUGUUUUCAGUGGUGAAGGCAGAACUACAGAGACGCACAUAGGGGGAACAGCCAAUGAUGAGAUGUGUAAUUUUUACAUUAUGUACUAUAUGGAAGCCAAGCAUGCAGUUUCAUAUAUGACCUGCACACAGAAUGCAAACCCUGAGUUGUUCAGAAAUAUACCACAGGAGGCAAAUGUCCCUAUUCAAAUCAUGUCUGAUAUGCUCAAGAUGACACAUGGACACCAUGAAGAAACCAAGGACAGUGAUAAAAGUUCUUUGCUGAAGCAAGCGAAAAAAGAAGAGAUUUUGGAGCAGAGCGAUUUCUAUUCACUCCUUUCCAAGCUGCUAGGAGAAAGGGAAGAUGUUGUGCAUGUGUAUAAGCAUAACCCUACAGAAAAGGCAGAAUCAGAUCUUGUAGCUGAGAUUGCUAAUGUAGUCCAAAAGAAGGACCUUGCCAGAGAGAUCACAAAUCAUGACGAGAGGGACAGUACUAAUCUUGUCAGAGACAGAAUUCAGUCUGAACAUGGUGAGGAAAACUGGGAAAAAGAACAUGCAGGAGAUUUUCACAUAGAAGAAGCUGUGGAGUGGCCUGGGUUAGACCUCAAACUUGGCCAAGUUUCUGGGUUGGCUCUGGAUGCUGAAAAUAACCUAGUUAUCUUCCACAGAGGCGACCAUGUUUGGGAUGAAAAUUCUUUUGACAACACAUUUGUUUAUCAACAAAGAGGACUUGGACCAAUUGAACAGAACACAAUUCUUGUCCUGCAUCCAAGUAAUGCAAAACUGCUUCAUUCCUUGGGCAAAAGCCUAUUUUAUUUACCACAUGGUUUGAGCAUAGAUAAAAAUGGUAACUACUGGGUCACUGAUGUAGCUCUCCAUCAGGUUCUCAAACUGGGACCAAAUGAGAAAGAACCGUUACUGACCUUAGGAGUCGCUUUGCAACCGGGCAGUGACAAAAAUCAUUUCUGUCAACCAACUGAUGUGGCCGUGGAUCCAAACACCGGCAGCAUUUAUGUCUCUGACGGCUACUGUAACAGUCGAAUCAUUCAGUUCUCUCCAAAUGGACUAUACCUGAUGCAGUGGGGAGAAGGUACAGAGACUUCUUUAGGCAGAGACAAACCUGGACAGUUCCAUAUCCCUCACAGCUUAGCCCUGAUCCCUGACUUCAGUCAGCUGUGCGUUGCCGACAGGGAAAAUGGUCGAAUUCAGUGCUUCAGGUUAGAGACUGGGGAGUUCAUAAGAGAGAUCAAGCACAAAUCAUUUGGAAGAGAGUUGUUUGCAGUUUCCUAUGUUCCAGGUCUCCUCUUUGCAGUUAAUGGAAUGCCUUACCCUGGAGAGGCAGAACCAGUACAAGGAUUUGUGAUGAACUUCUCUACUGGAGAAAUAACUGAUACUUUUAUUCCACUUAGAAAGAGCUUUGAGAUGCCACAUGACAUUGUUGCUUCAGAAGAUAAAACAGUAUUUGUUGGAGAUGUUCAUGCCAAAGCAGUGUGGAAGUUUGCAUCCACAGAAAAAAUGGAACAUCGGUCAGUUAAAAAGGCUGGUAUUGAGGUACAGGAAAUAAAAGAAUCAGGAACAAUUGUAGAAGGCAGAUUGAAAAACAACCCAGAAUCAACGGACCCUGUAAAGAAGCAGGAAAAACAACAUUUAGUCCAGCAACACACCAGCACUGGAAUUUCAUUUGUUCUUAUUACAACUCUUCUAAUUAUCCCUGUUGUUGUUCUGCUGGCAAUUUUAUUAUUUAUUCGGUGGAGGAAGACAACUGUCUAUAGAGGUGAUGGAGAACACAAACUUGAUUCAAGUUCAGGAAGAAUUUUAGGCAGAGUUAGAGGGAAAGGCAGUGGUGGCCUUAACCUUGGGAACUUUUUUGCAAGUCACAAGAGCUACAGUCGAAAAGGUUUUGACCGAGUGAGCACUGAAGGCAGUGAUCAAGAAAAAGAUGAAGGUGAAGGCACAGAUUCAGAGGAAGAGUGUUCAGCACCUCCAACUCCACCAGCACCUUCAUCCUUCUGAAACCAGCCUUUAAGUUCUCCAUUAUACGAUCCAACCCAAAAAGUCAUAUUCCUUUUCCCUUAAGCACGUUUAAGAUUUUGUGUAUUUAAUUGUAAACUGUACUAGUCUAUGUGGGGCUGUACACUGGUUCCUUUAGUUUUUGUUCGGUUUUAGUUCUGUUUUUUAGGCAGAGGAGUGUAGGAAAGUUCUGUAUCAGUGCUGUUGUUUUUUAUGUGAGCAUCUUAAUACGGACAAGUCUUCUAAUUGCAGCACUGAUUUAAAGCAGUAGUAUUUUCUCAUUUUAAACUGGGGAUCUUGUAAAUAAGUCAUACUAUCUACUUCAGCAAAAUACUUUUCCUGUAACUAUUCAGUUGCCAAUUUCUGUUUUGUGCCUUUCCUCUUCAAUGUCCUUAACCUGUUGCAGUACAGAGAAAAUACAGUGCCACAAGAAAAUAAAGCUGCUAAAUCUUCUUCUAUUUUUUUAAAAUCACUAACAUUAUAUUGCAUUGAAGGAAAGAAAAAAGUCUCUAUUUAAUUUUUUUUCUUCUUCCAAACUUGAUGUGUUUCUGGGAUGUCUUAUUUUUAGAUGGUAUCACUGUUAGAACACUAUUUUCAGAAGCUGAAUGUAAUUUGUGUAAUAAAGUAUUUGCAAAGCAUUA